CCGCACCAAAAGCCUACAACUUCAUGUAGCCAGCCCCAUUCUCGCACUUAUCCACUUCAAAACUUUUUCACAUACAAAAGAAAAAUGUCAACCCAACCCUCGGCAGUUCCUACCUCUCCUCAAAAUUCAACUUGCAAAGAUAGCCGUCCUACAUCUGGUUAUCAUCCUUGCAUUUGGAGGGAUCAUUUUCUCAAGCAUUCCUUCAACUUCAUGAAAAUUGAUGCCAGAACUCAACAAGAAUAUGAAGAACUGAAGCAACAAGUAAGGAGAAUGUUGCUAGAUGAUGCCACCUUUGAUCCUUCAAAGAAACUUUGUUUGAUUGAUGCAGUACAACGCUUAGGCAUUUCUUACCAUUUUGAGACUGAAAUUGAAAAUGCCUUGGAGAAGAUAUAUCUUGGUGGUGCUGAUAGUAUUGAAUCUAAUUUGUGUAUUGUUGCUCUUUGGUUUCGGUUACUUAGACAACAAGGGAUCAAAGUUUCAUCUGAGACGUUCAAGAAAUUCAUGGAUGAGGAAGGAAAUUUCAAGGAAGAUUUAGUGAAUGAUGUGCUUGGAAUGUUGAAUCUAUAUGAGGCUGCACAUCUUUGUGUGCAUGGAGAAGAUAUCUUGGAUGAAGCCAUUGCAUUCACUACCUCACACCUUGAAUUGAUGGCAACAAAAGUAAGUCCUUUGCUUGCAGAACAAAUAGCUCAUGCCUUGAAGCGCCCCAUCCAAAAAGACUUACCAAGAGUAGAAGCAAGGCAUCACAUAUCUUUGUACUCAAGAGAUGAUCAUUUCGUCUCCUCUAACGCAACACUGCUUAAAUUUGCAAAGAUCGAUUUCAAUGUGCUACAAGCGUGCCACCUAAAGGAGCUGAGUGGCAUUAUGGAGUGGUGGAAACAAUUGGAUUUUUAUACAACAAAGAUGCUUUAUGCAAGGGAUAGAGUGUUGGAGUGCUACUUUUGGAUAUUGGGAGUUUACUUUGAGCCUAGAUACUCCCUAGGAAGGAUCUUUUUGACUAAAGUAAUAAGCUUGUCAUCUAUUUUGGAUGAUACUUAUGACAACUAUGGGACAAUUGAAGAACUUGAUCUCUUGACCAAGUGUGUUGAAAGGUGGGACAUUGGUGUCAUAAAUCAACUUCCAAAAUAUAUGAAAUUGAUUUAUCAGGUACUUUUAAACACUUAUAGUGAAAUGGAAGUGGAGGUUGCAAAAGAUGGAAGAUCAUAUACUAUGGAUUAUGCAAAAGAGUCCAUGAAACGAGUAAUGAAAGCUUACUUUGAUGAAGCCAAGUGGCGCCAAGAAGGCUUCAUUCCACCCCUAGAAGAGUAUAUGCAGACAGCCCUCAUAACUUCUGGAUAUCCAAUGCUCAUAACAAAUUCCUUUGUUGGCAUGGGAGAAGUUGCAUCCAAAGAAGCCUUUGAUUGGAUCUCUAAUGACUCUAAAAUGGUUAAAGCUUGUGCAAUUAUCUGUAGACUCAUGGAUGAUAUUGUCUCGCAUGAGUUCGAGCAAUCACGAGUUCAUGUUGCAUCCGCUAUUGAAUGCUAUAUGAAGCAAUAUGGUGUUUCAAAGGAAGAGACAGUGAAAGUGUUUCGAGAAGAAAUUGACAAUGCAUGGAAAGAUGUCAAUGAAGAGUUCAUGAAACCAACAGCUCUUCCUAUGCCUAUCCUGACUCGAGUUCUUAACUUUGCUCGGGUCAUGGAUGAGUUUUCAAAAAAUGGUAAGCUGGUUAAGGGGCUAAACUCUUCAUUUAUUGUUCUGGUUCCAAAGAAAUCUAAUCCUGUAGAAUUAAAAGACUAUAGACCUAUCAGCUUGAUUAGUAGCCUCUACAAAAUUAUAUCAGAGGUCUUGGCAAAUAGGAUUAAGAAAGUUUUGCCCAAGGUGAUAAGCGAAAGUUUUGCCCAAGUAGAGGAGAUAAGGAGGAAAAAGGCUAGCAGUUUCAUGUUUAAAGCAGAUUUCAAGAAGGCAUAUGACUGUGAGAAUUGGGGAUUUUUAGAUGAAAUGAUGAUGAGGCUUGGCUUUGGUGAAAAAUGGAGAAUGUGGAUAAAGGAGUGUUUGAAAACGGCUUCAAUCUCAAUUCUUGUUAAUGGAAGCCCAACAGAUGACUUCAAAAUGGAGAGGGGAAUUAGACAAGGUGACCCAAUUGCUCCGUUUCUCUUCCUAAUUGUCGCUGAAGGAUUGAAUAUUUUGAUAGAAUCAGCCACUAGUAAGGGAUUAUUUCAAGGAAUUGAUGUAGGCCCCCAUGGUCUUAACAUUUCACACCUGCAAUUUGUUGACGACACUGUUAUUAUGGGGAAGGCAAAUACAUCUAAUAUUAAUGUUGUGAAAGGGAUUUUGAGAUGGUUUGAACUGAUUUCGAGUCUAAAGAUCAACUUCAACAAAAGUGUGCUGUAUUCAUUUUAUGUUCCCGAUGAAUGGAGGAGAACAGCAGCUGCUAUGCUGAAUUGCAAAUCAGGAUCUCUCCCUUUCACCUAUCUUGGGAUGCCAGUUGGGGAUGUUAUGUGCAGAAGGAAAGCCUGGGUUCUAGUUAUUGAGAAUUUUAAUAAAAAGCUAACAGUUUGGAAAGCGAAGUGCCUAUCGAUCAGUGGUCGAGUUACAUUGCUAAGGGAAAAUUUAAUCCGUCCGUUAUCCUUUUUCAUUGAGGCAUUCCGUCUAGCCGGAGCAACAGCUAUGGCAAUCAAUGGAUUCAAUGCCGUGUUCAGUUUGACGGUUAUGGUGCUGCUCAUGACGGCUGCCGCUGCUGCAAACGAAUACACUAACCACACCGUUGGCGAUGAUACCGGCUGGUUCUUCGAUCCCGUCACCGACACCUCUGUUAGUAAAUUACACUUCUUGGGCCGCAAAUCAAACCUUCAAUCUCGGAAACUAUCUCAGUAAGGCUCACACCUUUUCCUAUUUCAUAUACCCUCUUGUUGAAAAUGUUCGGUUUUGACAGUGAAUUUUAGAUCAAGUCAUCGUUUGGUCACAAUGGAACAGAGGAAAUUUUUCAGGAAAUAAUGGAAAUCUAAACUUGAAAUCUGAUUUUGUUGAAAUGAAUUAGAGUAAGUUCU